AUGAAAGUGAACUUCACUAGAAACUAUGAUUGCAGUGAGAAUCUGUUUCAUUGUCACACAGGCAAGUGCCUUAAUUAUAGCCUGGUGUGUGAUGGAUAUGAUGACUGUGGAGAUCUGAGUGAUGAACAAAACUGUGACUGCAACCCCACAGAGGAGCAUCGCUGUGGAGACGGGCGCUGCAUCGCCAUCGAGUGGGUGUGUGACGGGGACCACGACUGCGCGGAUAAAUCCGACGAAGUCAACUGCUCGUGUCACAGCCAGGGUCUGGUAGAAUGCAGAAAUGGACAGUGCAUCCCCAGCACUUUCCAGUGUGAUGGAGACGAGGACUGCAAGGACGGAAGUGAUGAGGAGAGUUGUAGUGAUGGUCAGACUCUAUGUCAAGAAGGAGACCAAACAUGCCUCUACAGUUCCUGCCUUGAUUCAUGUGGUGGUAACUCUCUUUGUGACGCCAGCAACAGUCUGAAUAAUUGUAGUCAGUGUGAACCAAUUACGUUGGAACUCUGCUUGAAUUUGCCCUACAACCGUACAAAUUUUCCGAAUUACCUUGGCCACAGGACUCAAAAGGAAGCAUCCAUCAGCUGGGAGUCUUCUCUUUUCCCUGCACUUGUUCAAACCAACUGUUACAAAUACCUCAUGUUCUUUGCUUGCACCAUCUUGGUACCAAAAUGUGACGAGGAUGCACACCAGCGUAUCCCCCCUUGCAGAGCUCUCUGUGAGCAUUCCAAAGAACGCUGUGAGUCUGUUCUUGGGAUUGUGGGUCUACAGUGGCCAGAAGACACAGAUUGCAAUCAAUUUCCAGAGGAAAAUGCAGACAAUCAAACCUGCCUAAUGCCUGAUGAUGAAGUUGAAGAAUGCUCACCUAGUCACUUCAAGUGCAGCUCAGGACGCUGUGUUCUGGCUUCCAGAAGGUGUGAUGGCCAGGCUGACUGUGACGAUGAUAGUGAUGAAGAAAACUGUGGAUGUAAGGAGAGAGAUCUUUGGGAAUGUCCAUCCAGCAAACAGUGUUUGAAGCACACAGUCAUCUGUGAUGGGUUUCCAGACUGCCCUGAUAACAUGGAUGAAAAAAACUGCUCAUCUUGCCAAGCUGAUGAGCUAGAAUGUGCCAACCACGAGUGUGUGUCCCGUGACCGGUGGUGUGACGGCGAAGCCGACUGCGUAGACAGUUCCGAUGAGUGGGACUGCGUGACCCUCUCUGCAAACGCGAACUCCUCCUCCUUCCUGAUGGCUCACAGAUCUGCCGUGGAACGCCACGUGUGUGCAGAUGGCUGGCAGGAGGCCCUGAGUCAGCUGGCCUGCAAGCAGAUGGGUUUAGGGGAACCAUCUGUGACCAAACUGAUAGGGGAACAGGAGCAAGACCAACAGUGGCUUACAUUACACUCCAACUGGGAGAGCCUUAAUGCAACAACUUUGCAUGAACUACUGGUAAAAGGGCAGCCCUGUUACAGCAGAAGUAAGAUUUCUCUUCUGUGUACUGAACAAGACUGUGGGCGCCGCCCUGCUGCCCGGAUGAACAAGAGGAUUCUGGGGGGUCGGACUAGUCGCCCGGGAAGGUGGCCCUGGCAGUGUUCCCUGCAGAGUGAACCCAGCGGGCACAUUUGCGGUUGUGUCCUCAUUGCCAAGAAGUGGGUUCUGACGGUCGCCCACUGCUUCGAGGGGAGAGAGAAUGCUGCCGUUUGGAAAGUGGUGUUUGGCAUCAAUAACCUAGACCACCCAUCAACGUUCAUGCAGAUGCGCCUUGUGAAAACCAUCAUCCUGCAUCCUCGCUACAGUCGAGCGGUGGUGGACUAUGACAUCAGCAUAGUGGAGCUAAGCCAAGACAUCAAUGAAACAAGCUACGUCCGACCCGUCUGCUUACCCAGCCCGGAUCAGUCCUUAGAACCUGAUACUUACUGCUAUAUCACAGGCUGGGGACACAUGGGCAACAAAAUGCCUUUUAAGCUGCAAGAGGGGGAAGUACGCAUAAUUUCUCUGGAGCAGUGUCAGUCCCACUUUGACAUGAAGACCAUCACCAGCCGGGUGAUCUGUGCUGGCUAUGAGUCUGGCACAGUGGACGCAUGCAUGGGUGACAGUGGUGGGCCUCUAGUUUGUGAGAAGCCGGGAGGACAGUGGACAUUAUUUGGCUUAACUUCAUGGGGCUCCGUCUGCUUUUCCAAAGUCCUGGGGCCUGGAGUUUACAGCAACGUGACAUACUUUGUCAAAUGGAUUGAAAGACAAAUAUACAUCCAUACCUUUCUCCUAAACUAAUUCCAAAGAUGAUCAGAGACUUUUGCCAGCAACCUUCAAAGAAAAUGGCCUUUUCGACAGUGGCAGACGCCCUGCAGAGAGCUGUACAGAAGCACGUCUCACAGGCAGGGACGCUCCGCAGUCACUGCAUGGGUUCAUGUUUGUCUCAGUCGCAUUUUAUACAGCUUUUUUUUUUCCAGUUCUGUUUUUCUCUUAUUUCAAGUUGAAUGAAAGUCUUUUAAAAACCAAAGCAAAAUAGAGCUCGUUCUUUGGCCAGGCAGGCCUAACCUCAACUGUAAAGUGAAAUGAAUGGUCAACGUGGGAAAGAGAAGAGUGUAGGCACCAGGGUAACAGGUUGGAGAAAGUCCCCUCUUGUCCAGUCACAAAAGGACAUGGAGGUCCAGGCUAAUGAAUCUUUGCCAGAAAAAUGAAAAUUUCUCCAGCACAAGAGCAUAGUGGCAAAUUUCAGUAACAACAUCAGAGGCUUGCUUUUGAUUUAUGAAAAACCAAGAUAAUUUACAUGCUUAAGUUAUUCAUUAUUAUUCUAAAGUCUGCAUAAUUCUGAGAACUUAUGAAAGACAGCAUCCAUUUAGGUAGCUGAAAGAGCAAAUUUCAUUGACCACAGAGUUCUUUCCACAUCAAUAUUAGCACUUGAUAUGAAAAGACUGCCCAUUUGGAAUUUAAAUCCAGGCUGUAAUUGCAUAGGAAAGUCUCCAUAGACCCUUCCCAGAGUUGGGGUUUGUUCACUCUGUAUCAGUUAGCCAACUGAGAUUUUGGCAACUGGGAAACUAUUUGUGGGAAAAAUUUCUUUCUGUCUUUGUGACAAUGAAGUUGAGGUUAAACUUUGCUAAAGGAGGACUUGCUUUAGAGUGGAGAGAUGCAAUUUUUUAAGGAAAUUAAAUUUCUCUCACACCUAAUUAUUUUCCAGUUUUUCUCUGUUCAUCCAUACCAAUAAGGUCACAGAGAUGUAUUUCAAGGCACAGUAAAACUUUUUGCAUGAAGAAAAACAUUUUGUAAUUUUUCUUAAAAGAUAUUUAAUAGCUGGUGUUGCCAUUUCUUCCCACUGAUGAUAAUUAAAACAAAAAAUUAAAUAUGCUUUUAAGUUCUAUGUCAUGAUGCACAGGUCAGUUUAUAAAGUAAUUGGUGAUUAAAGUAUUUUUUUCUCACUAAAAACCUUCAAAACACAAAUCUUCACAUGUAUCUAAUUUAAUUUAUGGGCUUCCCUGGUAGCUCAGCAGUAAAGAAUCUUCCUGCCAAUGCAGGAGACACAGGUUCAUUCCCCAGGUUGGAAAGAUCCUCUGGAGAAUGAAAUGGCAACCCACUCCAGUGUUCUUGCCUGGGAAAUCCCAUGGACAGAGGCGCCUGGCGGGCUACAGUCCACGGGGUCUCAGAGAGUUGGACACGACUGAGCACCUGAGCAACAACGAAGGAUUUCCUGCACAGCCUGGGCUGCCCCAGCGCCCUCAGAGACCACCUGCAGGUUACUUCCUCUGUGUGUCUGCAUAGGUGACAUUCGCAGAGCUGUCUUGACACUUUCCAUGUGACUCAUCUCUUGUUCUGUAGUUUGUAUAAACCUAUUGAGAAUGUAAAAUCCAGCAACUCAAUUAUGGUCACAACUGUAUGAAAGUUUAAGAACAUACAUCAGUUUUGUUAUAUAAUGGAAACUUAUGCUCAACUUAUGUUCAGUGAAAUGUAUAUAUUGUAGCUAACCCUUUAAUACAGAUAAAAUGAUAUAAUUUUCUUUAAUGGAUGUAAAACAAGGAGCAAGCCCCAGAAAAUGUUCCCCACUAUUAUAGUUGGCACUCAGUUUCCAACCAAUCAAAAUUCACUUGUCUUAUAUCUCACUCCCCCGGGAAUAUACUCUUUUAAAUGCCACUACUCUUUGAUUAGUCUGAAAGGAGAGUUUGCUGAUAAUCUUCUUAUCACCCAUUGAUUGUCCAAGGAAAACUUUAGCCCUGGUAAGAGGAUAAGGAUUUUUGUCUUCUAGAACACAUUUUAGGAAUCUAAUCCAAUUCCUUUAUAAAUCUUUUGGGGUAAAAAUUAUAUCACAAGUAUAUACUGCUCAUUUUUCUUGGCUACUAGAAGCAAAUUGGGCUCCCCCAAAUUUGGUAAAAUAUGCUGAAUACCUACCAAAAGUGCUGGAACAUCAGCUUAGGAAACUUUGCAUAAGAGUUAUUCACUUGGAAAUGAGAAUCUUUAAAGGCUUUAUAUUGACCCCAAAUCUCCUCCUGAGGACCACAUGUGUCUCAGAAUCCAGAAUUUUAAAAAAUUUAAAAAGCAUAAUAUUAAAAUGUUUAGUAGCACAGUAAUAAAAUUAUUAAUA